AUGUCCGAGAUAGGAACUCUCCCGCCCAACGCCAUGGAGCAGCACUACAACGGUUUCCAGAAGAUUGACUACUCAGUUCUCAGUCCCGGUGCAGCUGAGCUCGCGGACGGGACCAGCAACAUCAAGUGCGCCUACACUCCAGAACUGGAGAUGAAGAUGUUGCUGUUCCAGAAACCGGCCGCUGGUCCCGAAGAGGUGGUGAUUCACCUUCGCGCUGCGGGAAUCUGCGGUUCGGACGUUCACUUCUGGAAAGAUGGUAGAAUCGCCGACUCCGUUGUGUCGCAGCCAUGUUGUGCGGGACACGAGAGUGCCGGCGAGGUUAUCGAAGUGGGAGCCAACUGGAAGGAUAAGAUCAACGUUGGUGACCGUGUGGCUCUGGAAAUGGGAAUUCCAUGCGGCAAGCCCGACUGCGAAGAGUGCCUAUCCGGCGGCUACAACGGUUGCCCACACACUGUCUUCUUCAGCACGCCUCCUUACCAUGGCACCCUUGGUCGAUACCCUGUGCACCCAGGUGCGUGGGUGCACAAGCUGCCUGACAACGUUUCAUACACCGAGGGGGCACUGUGUGAGCCUCUCUGUGUUGCGUUGGCUGGCAUUGAGCGUGGGGGAGUUAAACUUGCCGACCCGGUAGUAAUUGCUCUUGCUACACUGCUUGCUGCGCGUGCUGCGGGUGCGGCUCCAGUUGUUAUCACCGACGUCGUCGAGUCGCGACUCGACUUUGCGCGCACGCUCGUUCCUGGAGUACGCACCGUACUCAUCAACCCCGCCAAGAGUCCCCAGGAAAUCGCAGCCGAGGUCCGCACUGCUGCAGGGCUUCCUGUCAAGAUUGUGCUCGAGUGCACUGGCAUGGAGAGCAGCAUCCAUGCCGCUACGUAUAUUGUCUCGUUUGGCGGACAUGUCCACAUCAUCGGCGUGGGCAAGAGCAUCCAGACCUUCCGCUACAUUCGUCAGGCGAUUCGACUCGUGUCUGAGGGGCUCGUGAACAUUCUGCCACUUGUCACGCACAACGUUCCACUGGCUGAGGCCGUUUCGGCCUUCAACGUCGCUGCGGACCCUUCGCAAGGCGCAAUCAAGGUGCACAUUGUAGACAAUUAA